AUGGAACUGCAGAAGUUUGCAAACGGGGAACAGCUCCACGACCCGUCGGCUGAAGAGGGAGCGCUGCCUGAGGAGGAGAGGUUUCUGCCGGAAAAACCUGGGUCCUCAAGGAGACACCAAUUCACAGACUUUGAGGGGAAGACGUCCUUUGGGAUGUCCGUGUUUAAUCUCAGUAAUGCCAUCAUGGGCAGUGGGAUCCUGGGCCUGUCCUACGCCAUGUCCAACACUGGGAUCAUCCUCUUCCUGCGCAGACAGACAGGCGCAGACAGACAGGCGCAGACAGACAGGCGCAGACAACAGGCGCAGACACAGGCGCAGAAGGGCGCAGACAGACAGGCGCAGAGCAGACAGGCGCAGACAGACAGGCGCAGACAGACAGGCGCAGACAGACAGGCGCAGACAGACAGGCGCAGACAGACAGGCGCAGACAGACAGGCGCAGACAGACAGGCGCAGACAGACAGGCGCAGACAGACAGGCGCAGACAGACAGGCGCAGACAGGCAGGCGCAGGCAGGCGCAGACAGGCUUUUUGGUUCUAG